AAAAUAUUGAAACAGAAAAAAGGCAAUCGAAUUCGAGCUUAGAAUUAAUUUAAGUUUUGCAUUAAUUUUGCAUCAAAAGUUGAUAGAAAUACUGCAACAAGUUGUCGGACACGCUUAUUUUUUCAAUGUGCUUAAAAGUUCGCUGAUAUAAUCUACGCGUAGUGAGUAAAAUUGGAUUUUCAUUGCUUUCUUCAGCAGUCAAGGAGAAAAAAAAACCGCCCCCUCCCACUUCGAUACGGUGCUAUCACCCACCCAGGAUCCAACGCAACCCGAGCUCAAACGUGGGCAACCCACCUCCCACCAGAGUGUAAACAAUCCAUUCCCGUGCAUCGCCCACCUGCAGCCCAGAGAAGAGUGCGUGCGGAAUCUUCCGACAUCCAUUCGUUCGUACGUGGAUUCAAAACCAGAUGAAAGUGGACUUUAGAGCUUUGUAUUCCUCUGUUAUUUGUACACAAAUGACCAAUCCAAGGUGGGCGCUCGUAAGUGUGGCCGUUUAAAAAUAGUAGUGUCCCCUCUAAGAAUGGAUCGUUACCGACGGCGGAGUCAACACAACCUUCGAACGAUCAAGCGCCAUGAGAGGCAGCAGCAGCAGCGCCUUAAUCGUAAUAGUUCCUGUCACACCGACAAAUUGGCCAUCUUCCGUCGAUACAGCGUCGUUGUCGUCGUCAUCGAUAGAGCAAUUACUUCAGCAGCAAUCGGGAACGGAACCCGAGGCGUCCCGUCGUUAUAUAACUAUUUAAACACUCGUAGCGAACCAUUCACGAUCAAUCGGCGGGAAAUUGGUCAGUGUUAAGAAAGGCGAGGCGCGGGUGAGAGUGCUCUAUCCGCACUUGUAAAACAGUCAAUUCUUGUCCAUACACAAGCACGUACCACCAUGGACAAACAGGAAACUCCAAAGCAAGCCAAAGGCAAACGACCCUUUCUGGGACUGCUUUCGAAGCGAUCGUCCCGCGUCGAGCCACAAAAGUGCACCGACAGCGAUGACGAACCGGGAACGUCCGAGUCCGGGAACGCCUCCACAGUCAAUCUGGCCAACAAAGGCCAACAAUCAAGCAGUGCCGGCAAUCUCCAGCACAAACCAACCGACUCCAGUGUUCCGAACGCGACUCCAGCUGCCACCCAACGGCAGGAUUCUUCCAACCAGAGUGACAACAACUCGUAUCACCUGCUGUCGACGUCCUCAACCGCCACCACGACGUCAUCGGCGGCAGAUCCGUCCUCGUCGAAAGCUACAACCAACACUUCGUCGUCCACGUCGCAGCAGCAGCAGCACCAACAACAGCAGAAAACGUACAGCAAAUUCAUCGCAAGGUAAGGAUCCUCCGGAGCCAGUUCAAGCCGCUUACCUGUGGCGAAUCGGCUCAGCGGACAGUUUAACCUGUGCUGCUCGGUGGACGAGGCCGUGCUCAAGUCACCCAAGAAGAACCGGUACUCGGAUCCUCACGGCGGAGGCGUGCUCAGUGCGGGUCAUUCGUUGGAGUACGACCAGCAACUGCAGCAACGGCGGCAGCAGCUGCGGCUGGAGUUGAGCGCAAAGACGAGUGACAACAAGGGAAGUCCUUCGCUGAAUGGUGCGAGCUGUAGACCGUUGGAGUUGGGGAGUGGCGGUGGUGACAAUAGGGUUGAGACGAAACCGGUGGUGUUUCGCGAGUAUCCGAAUCAUACGCAGCGAGCGAUUAUGAGUAGCAAGUCGAGGUUUAAGGAUCGUUUCUUGCCUCCACUGCCAAAACUGGAUGGGUAUGAAAAGAUGGAGCAGCACUUUAGUUCGCCGAACAUUGCGGACAAGGAAGAUCCGCCGGGGUCGGAUCGGCGGGACAGUAGAAAAUCGAUGUCUUUUGAUACGGUGACGUCGGAGAACGAUGGUGACUCCGGGUUGGUCAAUCCGGUUAGUGCAGAUUCGCUGGCCAGACAGGCACUGAUGGCGGCUCACGUGUUGAAUCUCAUUCCGGUGGACAAGGCAAGGCAGAGAAACUUUCUGCAUGGUCGGCUAGGGGCAACGUCGCUUUUGGGCGCCGCAGAGCUGGAAAAGAUUCUUCCAACGCGAGAGAUUACAAUUUUCGUUGGUACGUGGAACAUGAACGGUCAAAGCCCGCCCAAACAGAUGAACGAUUUCGUGCUGCCGGCAGCGCUGGAACAUGUUCCGGAUAUUAUCGUGUUUGGAACUCAGGAGUCCUGCUCCGAGCGCUUCGAGUGGGAAGUUACGCUGCAAGAAACGCUCGGUCCAACGCACAUUUUGCUCCACUCAACCAGUCUCGGAACGCUGCACUUGGCCGUAUUCAUUCGGCGCGAUUUGAUCUGGUUCUGUUCCGAACCGGAGGACGCCAACCUGUCCGUUCGACCCGGGACUGCGUUCCGCACAAAGGGCGCCAUUGCGAUCUCCUUCUGUCUGUUUGGAAGUUCCUUCCUGUUCGUUACAUCCCACCUUACAGCGCACCAGCAAAAGGUGAAAGAACGAGUCUCCGAUGUGAAAAAGAUUAUCCACUCGCUAGAUCUUCCCCGAAACCUGACCGUGAAGCACCGCAACAAAGACGUCACGCAGAACUUUGACAGCGUCUUCUGGUGCGGCGAUCUGAACUUCCGACUGAGCGAACCGCGCGAAAAGCUAAUGCAGUGGAUAGAAACGACGCAGUUUCCACUGCCGGAACAUCUCCCCCACGGUCUCAUGCACACGGACCAGUUGACGUCGGUGCUGGCCGAUGGUGCCGCCUUCAAGGGGUUCAACGAGGCCAAGAUCACCUUCCCGCCCACGUACAAGUACGAUCCCGGCACGCAACGGUUCGACACGUCCAGCAAGCAGCGAGCUCCGGCGUACACCGACCGCAUCUUGUACAAGUUUAAACCGAUGGCAGCCACGGCGGUUCAUCGGCGCACGAGUAGUAUCGCGGGAAAAGGUCAUCAUCAUCCGCCGGUGCCGGUCACGUGCUUGGCGUACGAUUCGGUCCAAAGUAUCAUCACGUCGGACCACAAACCGGUGUGGGCGUUGUUUCGGAGCAUCAUUCGGCCCGGGGUUGAUACCGUUCCACUGGCAGCGGGUCUCUUCAAUCGGGACGUCUACCUGGAGGGAAUGAAACGGCGGCUGGACAGCUCCGGCUCGAGUUCCUCGGCCGUCUGCAAUAUUCAAUGAUAAAGGGCAAACUUCGUAACGUGAUAAGGUAAUUAGCACACAGGUAACGUUUUCUAGUCAUCUAUAGGCUGUAUUCUAAAUAUUUGAAAUUUAAAAUGAUAAAAAUGGUGAAAAGACAAAGAUUGCCAAUGAACGUGAGACAUUGGAAGUUAAGAUAUCAAAACUAAAAAAGAUUCCCUUUUGGCGAAAAUGACAUUUUUAACAUGUUUUUUUAGAAUAGAAGUGCGGAAUUGAAAACUGUGUAGAAGAUAUAUGAACGUCCCGUAUAGAUAGCUGUUAGGGUUAAACUGUUUUCAUCAGGAUGUAGCGCCGUUAUGCGCUUCGGAUAACGUAGAAAUACUACAGCAGCCUUGAAGGUUUGAUCACCAGAACUGUUUCUAGUCAACAUGAUAGUCAAAUUAUCAAUACCUAAGCUUAAGAACGUAUGUACUAGUUUAGAGUUAGACAUAUUAUUACGAUCGUCACAUAUCGAUUUAGUAUGGCGACUCUUCGUUACUUAUAAGUAAAGCAGCCUGCAUGACUGUUAAGGUGGCUCGAUUUGUUAGAACAUGUUAUUGUCUAAACCAAAAUAGUAGUUUAUGCAACAAGUUGCAAAAAGAGGAUUUUUUCAGCACAAGUCGUACAUUUAUCCAACGAGGUUUACCGAGUUAGAUAAAUACG